CCAUUAAAACCCGAAGAAGAAGAAGAAGAAGAAGAAGAAGAAGAAGAAGAAGCUGCAAUCAUUCAAUAUGGCGGCCCACCGGGUAGCAUGUUUAGGGUUGAAUGCCCUUUAUUCUAGUGUCUGCGCCCCAAAGCAGGCCCUGAGGAGCUGCUGGGGGGCGGUGGAGCAGGUGAGGGGUUACUACGUCAACUGGAGGAUGUUGAGGGACGUCAAGAGAAGACAGACGGCCUUCGACUAUGCUGAUGAGAGGUUACGGAUCAAUGCCCUGAGGAAGAACACCAUCCUGCCCAAAGAGCUUCAGGAGGUGGCAGAUAAAGAAAUGGCAGCAUUCCCCAGGGACAGCUGCCCUGUGAGAAUACGCAACAGGUGUGUGCUGACCUCCAGACCUCGGGGAGUGAAGCGGAGGUGGCGACUGAGCCGGGUUAUCUUCCGUGAGUUAGCUGACCACAACCAUAUGUCUGGGAUUCAGAGGGCAAGGUGGUGACCAGGGACAUUGGACGUUACAGUCGGAUUGGAUCAUGAAAAAUCUGAAGAGCAGGACAUCAGCAGUCAAGACUUGUUUUGGCCUUUUAAUAUCUUAGAGGUAUUGACUGUAAUAAAACAGUUCCACUACUAUCCACAGAAGCCUGUAUCUACUGAGGAGGACAUGCAUAUACCAUUUGUAUAGAUAAUGUUUGUUUUGGUCAGUUAGUUGCUUUUCUUAUGAAAAACAAACAAAAUGCAUAAUAUUUCAAGAGAAAGUUGGUUCUCAGUGGAGUAAAUGUCCAUGUAAUUUGCUGUACUCUUAACUAAUAAAUAUUGUAUAUUACAA